UGCACAUUAUUUUGGGCCUUGUAUGAUACGUGCGAAUUAGAAGAGGAGGCGCGCGUGUUGAUAAAUAAAAAGCUGUUUCAUAAAUAUACUAAUAACAAACCUAACGAAAUCGCCAAAGUACUAGCUCGGUUGAUGAUUAAGAUGGCCGCCGGUGUAAGAGUCGGUAGCUCUCUAUCAGAAAAAACAAGAGCAGUAGAAGAAGACUCGAUCAGCUCUUUACCUGAUGAGAUCCUCCAGCACAUCCUCUGCUUCCUUCCGACCGAAUCCGCCAUCAGAACUUCGCUCCUGUCCAAACGAUGGAAGCGUGUAUGGUGCGGCACGCCUUGUAUCUCCUUCUCUAGCUGCACACUCAUGGCUGCUUCGAAUAACAAUACCCAAGAUCGCUACACUGCUCAAAAGAUGAUGAGGUUACACCUCCGGACCGGCCAGAAGCGCAAUGUUAAGAACAUCAACGCUUGGAUCGAGCUGGCCAUGAACCGCAGAGUGGAGAGUCUCUCCCUCGAACUUAACUUCAAGAGCAGUUGUUGUAACUAUAUUUUUCCUGAUUCCUUCUUCAGCCAGUCCUCCCUUAAGGAACUCAGCCUUGCGUUACGAUAUAAACCUAUGAUUGUUCCCAAAGUGUCUCUGUCUUGGACAUACCUCAAGAAGUUGUCCUUGCGUAGUUGUAAACUCUCUGAUGAAUCCUUGGCUACGAUUCUAUCUGGUUGUCCGGUUCUCCAAAGCCUGAUGUUGUGGUUCUGCGAUGACCUGACUGUUGUUGAUCUCAGCAAUUCACCGAGUCUGACGUCAUUAGUAGUGCACAACAGCCUUUCGUUACAAAUGCACAGAUCAUUACAAAUGCACAACAGCCUUUCGUUAGUGACGCCAAUGCAGAUUUUGGCACCACAUAUCCGUUAUCUCGGGCUGGGUAGCUCUAAGUUAAAGUUACUACCUACUUUAGUUGAUGUCUCAUCUUUAGCUGAAGCUAAACUAAACUUAUGUUGUCUCCCACUUGCCACCACCGAUGGAGAGUUUCAUAAAGUCACGGUGCUAACGAUGAUGGAAAGUUUGCAGAACGUAGAGAAGCUAUCUUUUGGGAAACAAUUUCUCGAGCUGUUCUCUUUUCCCGAGCUUCUUGGUGUUCCUUUUCCGAUGAUGAAGGUCAAAGAUUUGACUCUUGAGGCAAUGUUACACGAGUAUGUUAUUCCUCCUGGUAUUGAGCGACUGUUACAAAACUCACCUGAUUUGAAGAAGCUACACAUAAGAAAUUUGAAGACCCAGCCGGGGGUCCGUCGCCGUCGGAGCAAGUCUCGUUGGGAUGCAGAGUCAAAGGACGUGGCUACAUUCAUGGAACUUAUGUUUAAAAACAUUGAGACAUUAGAGAAAAUGGUCGUACGGGUGUACGACUGUUACCUUGAAGCAAGAGGGUUUAAAGAGAUGGUUCAGACACUUUCUCACAACAACAACAAGAAUGUCUCCAUUGUGAUGGCCGCCGGUGUAAGAGUCGGUAGCUCUUUAUUAGAAAAAAAAAGAGCAGUAGAAGAAGACUCGAUCAGCUCUUUACCUGAUGAGAUCCUCCAGCACAUCCUCUGCUUCCUUCCGACCGAAAUCGCCAUCAGAACUUCCCUCCUGUCCAAACGAUGGAGGCGUGUAUGGUGCGACACGCCUUGUAUCUCCUUCGCUAGCUGCACACUCAUGUCUGCUUCGAGAAACAAGACCCAAGAUCGCUACACUGCUCAAAAGAUGAUGAGUUUACAACUCCGGACCGGCCAGAUCCGCAGUGUUAAUCACGUCAGCGCUUGGACCGAGCUGGCCAUGAACCGCAGAGUGGAGAGUCUCUCCCUCGAACUUGACUUUAAGACUUAUAACUAUACUUUUCCUGAUUCCUUCUUCAUCCAAUCCUCCCUUAAGGAACUCAGCCUUGCGUCUCGAUUUAAACUUGUGAUUGUUCCCAAAGCAUCUGUUUCUUGGACAUCCCUCAAGAAGUUGUCCUUGCGUAGGUGUAAACUCUCUGAUGAAUCCUUGGCUACGAUUCUAUCUGGUUGCCCGGUUCUCGAAAGCUUGACGUUGUGGUUCUGCGAUGACCCGACCGUUGUUGAUCUUAGCAAUUCGCCGAGUCUGAGAACAUUGGAAGUGCAUCGCAGCUUUGAUGUACUGACGCCAAUGCAGAUUUUGGCACCACAUAUCCGUUGUCUCAGGCUGGAUAGCACUAAUUUACUACCUACUUUAGUUGAUGUCUCAUCUCUAGCUGAAGCUAAACUGAGCCUCCGGUGUGACUCACUUGCCACCGAUGGAGAGUUAUUAAAAGUCGCGGUGCUAAUGAUGUUGGAAAGUUUGCAGAACGUAGAGAAGCUAUCUUUUGGGGAACAAUUUCUCGAGUUGUUAUCUUUUCCCGAUCUUCUUGGUGUUCCUUUUCCGAUGUUGAAGGUCAAAGAUUUGACUCUAAAGGCAACGUUACAUGAGUAUGUUGUUAUACCUCCUGGUAUUGAACGAUUGUUACAAAACUCACCUGAUUUGAAGAAGCUACAGAUAAGCAAUUGGAACACCCAGCGGGGGGUCCGUCGCCGUCGGAGCCAGUCGCGUUGGGAUGCAGAGUCAAAGGAAGUGGCUACAUUCAUGGAACUUAUGUUUGAAAACAUUAAGACAUUAGAGAAAAUGGUCGUACGGGUGGACGACUAUUAUCACCCUUACCUUGAAGCAAGAGGGUUUAAAGAGAUGGUUCAGACACUUUCUCACAACAACAACAAGAAUGUCUCCAUUGUGAUCUCCGACACUAGAUAA